AUGCGCAUCGCCCUCCUUGCUCUUGGCAUCAUCGCCGCAAUUGUACAGAGCCCUUUGUGCAUCUUGCGCACAUUAUCCGGCCACUUCACACUCAAGGACCUCUUCGUCCUCAUGAUCGACAUUCAAAUUGGUCUCCUCGCCCCCUUCUACCUCCUCUCGGUCAUCGAUCACCAAUGGCUUCUCAGCCUCGGAUCUUUCCCAUACGCAUAUCAACCUAUUCAUAACCUCGGUCGGAGGGGGUUCGACCUCCAACUCGUCCUCUACGAGACCUUUCACGGGUCGAUGACUGCCAAGGUCGUACACGGACUCGUCAUCCCGAUACAACAAUUCAGCUGGCUCUUUCUCGUUAGCCGGACCUCGUCGGGUCCCGCCCAGCUUGCGCUCGCGAUCCUUUUGAUCGCCCAGGCCGUUUCAUAUAAAGAUGUCCGGGUCGGCAUCACCGUCCUCGUUCUCAACGCUGCGCUAUGCAUGCUAGGACAUAUCCUCCACACCGCCUGCCCCCACGCACUACAUACGGACAAUAUCAAGAUCCUCCUCUUCCUCGCCACCCUCUUCGAGAUGCUCUCUCACUCGGAAGAACCCCUUCCACCCGCCAUCGAGGGUUCCAAAGCGUUCGGCGAACUAGCCAACAAGUCGUACAUCUCCUCCCCGGGUCUCGUCGCUCAGCUGGCCAUGAUCGGCUUCACCUCCGAGCUCGCCGCCGGGGUGCCAGGGAGGUUGUUCAACAUCGCCGUGUACAAGGGAAUGUACCGAUUGGGAUACCGGGGGACGGCAGUGAUGGAUGUCGGGGAGGCGAAGGAGCGAGGAAAGGACAUUUUGGCGGGGGGUUGGGAGGCGGACGUGUUGACGAGCGGGCUGGGCGGGCUGUAG